UACUGAGCACGAUACCUUUAGUUGUGUGUGGCGAUGUAAGAAAUUCGCAUCUUGUCAAUAUUUUGGUGUAAUAAUUUAAGGCUAGUGAAAUGUGGUGACUUUCGAGAUAAACUGUUGGUGCUAGAAGAUUUUAUGAAAAAAUCAGCAAUGGAUUCGCCAGAUCAAUGAUAGAAUACGUGAUAAAAUAUUACCUACAUAUUUUUCUUUAUCUGACAGCGAAAUCUUUUGUGUUAUUUUAAAGACAAAUAAAAUAGUGAUGUAGGUUUCUAACUUGGUGUAUUUUAUAAAGUGAUUUUAACAAAACAAUAGGUCAUAAAUUAGUUUACCUUCAGAAGCAGACAUUUUCAAAUAAAGUUCAUAAAAAGUAGCCAAUUGUGAAUUUACAAUGAUGAACUACGACAUCAGCGAAUCACGGCGAGGCAGUCGAAACCGAGCUCUAGAAAGAUCCCUUAGCUACUCCGAAGCCAUCGGCAACGGCUCAGGCAGAUCCUCCAUAGAAAUACCAAACAUUGUCAACACAGAUGUAUACACAAACGAAGAAUUAAAGAAACACUACAGGAUUUCCCAAACAUACGUCGAAGGCAAAGAAAUAGCUUUCUCAUCAGGACCUAGUGACAAUAAAAAUUAUCUCAAAGUACCCAUAGAUGAGGCAUCACAGGAAUCUUCGAUUUACUCAAGUGAAGAUGACCAAACAGACCGUGGUUUGGUAAUGUCCAUUGAUGUAGAAGAAAGUCCUAAAGAUUCUGAUGUUACGAAGCCGUUUUCUGAGCGUUCUACUUUGCCGAUAGCCAGUUCUAGUGUUGAUACUAAUACUAAUCAUAUCUAUGAUACUAUUGAGACGAUUGAGACUCCUGACAGUAUCUUUGAUGGGAGGGAGACGACGUAUGGACCGUCAGCCCACGGGUAUUCGACACCUUAUAGUAAGCGGAGGAAGAGGAUUACACAUAGACAAAGGCAUGGUCGACCGAGACGUUCACGGCGAGUGGUGUUGAAGAAUGGAGAAGAGAAUGUUCCAGUGAGGAGCAAUAUAUCUGCCAAGUCUAUCAAAUAUAUGAGGGAUAUUGUCACUACCGUCAUCAACAGCAAAUGGCGCUUCAUACUGCUAAUGAUGGUGGCCGCUCACUUCAUCUUCUGGUUCGUGUUCGCGGCGAUCUGGUACGCCGUCUCCUCCUCCUACCAGGAGGACAUAGGAGAUGGGAAGGAGCACUGUGUUACUGGGACUACCUCCUUCGCUGGACUGCUUAUGAUGUCGGUUGAGACUCAGAUGACCAUAGGAUACGGAACACGGUUCCCGAAUGAAGAAUGUCCAGAAGCCAUCAUAAUCAUGGUUUUAGAGAUAGUAGCUGGUACUGCUCUCUCUGGCGGAUUGUCCAGUUUGCUGUUCACAAAGCUGAUCAGACCAAACCGACAUGUUAACUCCGUAGGAUUCAGUAGGAAGGCUGCAGUAUGUCGUCGUGACGGAGAGUUGUGCCUGCAGUUCAGGGUGUGGGACUUGAUGAACGUGCAUCUCAUUGGAAGCACCAUCACCGCUUAUAUGCUGAAGCCUAUCAGAACAUUGGAAGGUGAGCUGGUACAGAACUACAUGCACCAGCUGGAGUUGAAGGAAUCCCGAGCGUUCCUCCUGUGGCCGAUCACCGUAGUUCACGUCAUCAAUGCUGCCAGUCCUCUGUACGACUUCUCAGCUCAGGAUAUGAUGGAUUACAGGUUCGAGAUCGUGGUGUGCCUGACCGGAGCCUCCAAGAACAUGGGCACCACCACACAAAGCAGGACUUCGUACCUCUCCAAGGAGAUCAUGUGGGGGUACAGGUUCAAGAAUGUUGUGCACUACAGCAAAAGAGAAGAAGCCUACAAAAUAGACGAAGCGCACCUCAACACAGUAGAACAAGUAGAAACACCCCUCUGCAGUGCCAGCUAUCUGAAGGUCUUCGAGGAGGACCUCAAGACUUCCACUAAUCUCCUCUCGACUCCCAACAUGUCUGUCUCUCCUACCGACCUGUCUAUACCUGAGGACUCUUCUACUCUCUCUCGAGCGGGAGACUCCGUACCUUCGACUCCUUCUCUGAAUAGAACGGGGACGCAAAGGAGUUUUGGAUGGAACUUUAAAAGGUUCAGGCCUGAGAAAUAUGUGGGGACUUUUGAGAAGAGGGAAUAACCUAAAAAUUGUAUUCCGACACCUAUUAUCAUGGUCUUAAUUCGUUCAUUAAUUACGAUUAAAAUGACGUAGUUUUUGCUCAAAAUAGGGAUAUUUAUUUUGCAGGUUAUAAAUCAAUUACUUACAGUCUUAUUAUUUUUCUAGUCUUAGCAUAAUAUAUAUUUUAUUUUUUAUCAUAUUAGCUAGAUAUUAAGCUAGUACUUAGUCAAUUUCAAUAUAAUCGUUGUAAAAUAAAUAUAUUUUAUUAUA